CAUCAGCAUCACCGGAAUGAGUAACAGUGCGCAACUUGAGAAAUAACUAUAGUGUCUGGAGGAGCGCGCGUGUGACCGUUAAUCGUUAACUUCACGAGCCGGGUUUCUCUUCAGCGUAUUCAUGAAGGCUUAAAAGGUGCCAACAAGGAAACCCCCAACACGGACUCUCUGUGGAGCUGCCGCCGAAGAAAGAGGAGCCAUGGACUAUAUAAAAAACCACAACACUUAUCUCCCCUUCUUCAUUUUAAUAAUGAGCAGUACCUGCCACGCCCUUUUUGACCGAUUUCUGGACGAAGACUUCCCAGAUGAGUUUCUUCCUCAUCCCCUGGACAAUGACAGCCACUUUCCCUCCUGUGAUUUUGAGUCACCGUGUCUCUGGACUUUAUCGAACAGCAGCCGAAGUGACUGGUUAUUGGUGUCGCCACAGCAACCACAGAGUACAAAGGCUGGGAUGAUGCCUGCAACUGACAACUCAGAGGGAAGGUCUGAUGGACACUUCCUUCUUUUAACCCCGUCACCUGAAGCUGAGGCCUCUGGGAAAUGUGACUACCACUUAAUGAGCCCAGUAUUGCCAAAAAGCAGCAUGGACUGCCUGCUUCAGGUGGCUGUGUAUGAGGCCGGCCCCGUGGUGGGGAACCUCACACUGCUGAUCAAGCCUGCUCAACCAGAUUCAGACGUUCACUCGGAGAUGCUGCACCACAGGGGACGAGACGACCGCAGGCCUGAGUGGCAGAUUUUUGGAGUUCCGAUUGGCUGGGUGGCUGGACCCUUUCAGGUGACCCUGCUCUACACUUCGUGUGAGAGAGAAGCCACUGUGGCUCUGGACUCUCUGGAGUUCAUAAACUGUGAAUCAGAACACCAUUUUGGUGAAAUGAGUCCCAUUUGUGAGGAAUCUUUCCACUGCAACCACUCAGGAGAGUGCAUCGCCACGAGCCAAGUGUGUAACUUCCACACGGACUGUCCUUAUGGAGAAGACGAGGGCUUCAUCUGUGAUGCUCUCCCCUUUGGCUCAUACUGUUCGUUUGACGGGGAUUCAUGUGGUUGGUCUAUGUCCAACCAGCACUCGGGCUGGAGGAGAGUUGCAGGAGAUGAGCUCAUGAAGAGAAAAGACAUGCAGGGUUUCGCUCUGCAGCGCACACAAGGGCACUUCUUGUUUCUCCCUGUCAGAGAGAGUAAUUCACUUAAAGAAGCGUUCGUUCAGAGCUCUGCAUUCCCUCGUCCAGUCUCUUCUGUUGCUUGCCAGAUGCAUUUCUCUCUGUACCUGCGUGGUCAUUUUAAUGGCUCGUUGCAAGUGGCUAUAGAGGAAAACGGGACAGUUGCCGUGGUACCGGUCUGGGAGAGGAAUGGUCAAGCCGAAGAUAACUGGGAACCGGUUGCCCUGGAACUGACUGACCUUCAUCACGGGUUUCGUGUUAAAGUGACAGCUGUGUGGGGACAAGGCUCCAAUGCUGACGUUGCUCUAGAUGACAUUGCACUUGGAGCAGCCUGCUUCCAGUCAGAUCUCAACUUUCUGCUGCCCGCGACCGACUUUGAAGAUUUCUUAAGCCCCCUUCCAGAGCCUUUGGCCUCAGAGGUUUCUCUGAUGACUUGGUGGUUUACAUCAUGCGGUGCCAGUGGACCACAGGGCCCAACCCAAGCCCAGUGUGACAGCACUUACAGGAACAAAAAUAUCAACGUUACCGUGGGGAAGGAGGGACACUUGAAAGGAAUUCAGAUGUGGAAGGUGCCUGCUACUAACAGAUACCUGAUCUCUGCUUAUGGGGCUGCAGGAGGGAAAGGAGCCAAAAACCACAACAAACGCAACCAUGGGGUCUUUAUUUCUGCCAUCUUUCCUCUGGAAAAAGGAGAUAUGCUUUACAUCUUGGUGGGACACCAGGGAGAAGACGCAUGCCCAGGGAGAAAUCCUCACACCCAAAAGAUCUGCCUCGGAGAGUCAUCUGUGAUUGAAGACAACCUCAAGCUGCAGGCUGGUGUAGAGUGGGCUGGAGGGGGAGGCGGAGGAGGGGGAGCAACGUACGUCUUUAAGAAGGAGGAUGGAGAGCUGGUUCCCUUGCUGAUCGCAGCUGGUGGAGGAGGAAAUGCCUACCUGGAGGACCCUGAGUCCAGUCUGGACAACAUACCACUGGAGCAGUAUGAAAACAGCACCGAAGCUCCCAGUAGCAAUGGCCAAACUGGUGCAGCAGGUGGAGGUGGCGGCUGGAAAGAUAGUUCAAGUUCUCACCUGAUGGCUGGCAGAUCCCUGGUGGAAGGUGCCGAGGGGGGAUCUUCAUGCCCCCUGGCGCUGUCUAAGCUCAGCUGGUCGACCUUCGGAGGGUUUGGAGGAGGAGGCGGUGCGUGCACAGCUGGAGGAGGUGGAGGAGGAUACAGAGGAGGCGAUGCUGCAUUGACAGAUGACAUCACAGCUGAUGGUCAGAAUGGAAUUUCAUUUAUUCACCCGAUGGGAGAGAUUUUUCUGCAGCCUCUGGCAGCAAUGGAAAGUCACGGUGAGUGUGAGAUCAAGGUGCAGCUGAACUGCAGCCACUGUCAGACGCAGAGCUGCAAACGAGAAGCAGAUACUCACCUCAUCCUCUGCCUCUGUGAUGAUGAUGAUGAAGUCCUGGACACUGACAACGUUACAUGUUCUAGGCCUCCAACGACUCAAAGCCCGACUCCACUGGUCCUGAUGCCGACAUCCCUGAUCCUGGCUGUUGUGGUCUCCACCGUCGCCAGCGGCUUUGCACUGGUCUGCGCCGGCGUCAUCCUCAUGUGGUACCGCAAAAAGAACGACCUGCAUGCAGUGAGGGGGCGUCUUCAGAGUCCCGAGUAUAAGCUGAGCAAAAUCCGUUCCUCCACCAUCAUGACGGACUACAACCCAAACUACUUUUUCACCGGCAAAGCCGCUUCGUUCAGUGAGCUGAAGGAAGUGCCACGCAAGAACAUCACCCUACUGAGGGCCCUUGGUCACGGAGCCUUCGGUGAAGUCUAUGAAGGUCAAGUUCUGGGGAUGAGUGGUGAUGGCAGUGCUAUGCAGGUGGCCAUAAAGACUCUACCAGAAAUCUGCUCCGAGCAGGAUGAAAUGGAUUUCCUGAUGGAGGCUCUGAUUAUGAGCAAGUUCAGCCAUGAGAACAUCGUGCGCUGCAUUGGCGUCAGUCUGAACAUCCUGCCGCGCUUCAUCCUGCUGGAGCUGAUGACCGGAGGAGACAUGAAGAGCUUUUUGAGAAGAAACAGGCCACGAGCGGGCCAGACCUCGUCUCUCACCAUGCGGGAUCUGCUGCGCAUGGCCAGAGAUAUCGCCUGUGGAUGUCGCUAUCUGGAGGAGAACCACUUCAUACACAGAGACAUCGCUGCCAGAAAUUGCCUCCUUACCUGCCCUGGGUCGGACAGAGUGGCUAAGAUUGGAGACUUUGGCAUGGCACGAGAUAUUUACAGAGCCAGCUAUUACAGGAAGGGUGGCCGGGCCAUGCUGCCAGUUAAGUGGAUGCCACCAGAGGCCUUCAUGGAGGGGAUCUUCACCUGCAAAACUGACACAUGGUCAUUUGGAGUUCUGCUCUGGGAGAUCCUCUCGCUGGGUUACAUGCCAUAUCCUUGUAAAACCAACCAGGAGGUCCUGGAGUUUGUCACCAGCGGAGGCAGGAUGGAUCCUCCCAAAGCCUGCCCAGGGCCUGUCUAUCGGAUCAUGACCCAGUGUUGGCAGCACUGUCCUGAGCAUCGGCCCAACUUCUCGACUAUCCUGGAGAGAAUCAACUACUGUACUCAGGAUCCAGAUGUGAUCAACACGCCUCUACCUGUGGAAUAUGGCCCCAACACGGAUGAUGACGGAGGCACUGUAAUCCGUCCUACUGACCCGACAUCUACCUGCCUCACUCCACUUCUAGUCUCACACCCUCCCUCCCAGGAUUGUCCCUCCCAGCUGGGUUUCUCAGCCAUGGGCCUGGGUCCCACCCCUCUUCCCUUGCAGCCUACAAAGCCCCGUCUGCUCCUGCAAAGGACCCAACCUGUCCACCAUGAAGUCACAUCAUGUCGCGAGGUUUUGGAGCCAUGCUGGGCUGAGCCCGUUCCUGCCCCUGGUUUGUCAGCGGUCUCCAACUGGCUCCACCCUGAGCCUCCUCAUCACCGACCCUACUCCAGAAACAGCUCUUCCUCAGAGAACCAGAGGCUGAAGAACAAGACUAAGAACCUCUGGAACCCCACAUAUGGAUCCUGGGUCUUGGAUAACUUAAGGGGGAAGAAGGCACUCACUCACACCCAGUCCAUGCCACUCUCGAGCUCCACCUCCAAAACGCAGACCCACAGCCCAGCUUCAGAAAACCACGAGGCUGGCAGUGACGGCACCAGCAGCACCUACUUCAGCCCUAAAAGCCUCUGCACUUCCUCGACUUCAUCUUCUUCUUGCCAGGCUCAGGCUGCCUCUAGCACGUCCUCCCAUAAGACACCAGCAGGCGGUGGCACAAAAUCUAUGGACCUUGCUAAGCUCCAGAGUUUCCCAUGUGGCAACGUCAACUAUGCCUACGACGAGCAAAGCUAUGAGGCAGAAAGCCUGCCGUUGGUUGUGCCCAAAGCCCCAGAAGAUGUGAAAAACACCAGCUCUGCUACCAGUGUCUCAUCAGGGAGUAGCCUGGGACUAGCAUUAGGCCUCCAUACCCCCUCAUCCUGCAUGCCCAAGCUGCUGCUGCUGAAGCGUCAUGCCAGCUACGGGCAUGAGGAUGUGAGGAGACACACCAAAGCUGAGAAACCCACACGUGACAGAGACUCUGGCUUUUCUCUGUCUGAAGACCUCAGUGUUACUCCUAUCUAAGAAAAGGAUUCAAAUGUCACCUGAGUCCGUUUCUCAGAAACUGAGACUUUAGCUCUGGAAUUUUUAGAAUAAAAAGCAUGACCAUGAAGGCUCCUUCAUUGUCAAGUGCCACAGUGUCUGAUUUUUACAGCUCGUAGAAUGCUGGAAAACACAACUGAACAUUCCCGUCCACACAAACACUCUGUAAUACAGAGAGCCAACACUGGAACCCUGUCAAAGGCUUCUGAUACCAUAGUAGCUGAACACUGAUGCUGAAACACUGGGAGACUGGCGGCCCUGCACUUCCUCAGUGUCCACACUGUGGGUGAGGGCUGCCAAAACGUACUGCUGUUGAUGGACUCCUUUUAUACCUGUUAUUUUUUCUUUUUGCUGUAUUUUAUUCAUGAAAGCUUUGCUGGCAGUAUAUGUGAAUUUGUAGUAUUUAGUGUAUGACCAUAAAAGACUAAAAGAAUAUUGAGUCAUUGGGAGGAGAAUCUCCAAGACGUUUUAAUUUCAUAGGUAUAAAUUUUUUGAAAAGUAAUUCCACUCUUUUGAUGCUGAUGGGCAGAAUUACAGCUCUAUAUACACUUUAGGACCUUAUACUACUUGUUGGUACUCUAAUAUAAUUGGUUUCAUCCCAUACAAUGUGAAAACACUUCCUCUGGCAAUAACGUGUAUUUUCUGACUUGGUAGGUGAAGCACGAGCCUGUUUCCAGCCUUGUUCUCAGCUAACUGGAUACUGGUCUAUAAAUUUAAAGUUUGGGGGGUUUAAACUCUUUUUGACUCUGGAUCAGUGGUUCUCAAACUGGGGAGGGGCCCCACCCAGUGGAGCAAAGAGCCACUGCAGGAGUGGUGUUAGGAAUCAGGGUACACUCAACAUGCAAACAUCUCAUCAGCCAAUCAGGUGGCAGCAACUUGAUUUAGGCAUUUAGGCAUGGUCAAGGCGACCCGCUGAAGCAAGCAUCAGAAUGGGGAAGGAAGGUGAUUUAUGACCACGCUGUACCCAUCUUCUGAUCCAAUAGAGCAACUUUUGGGAUGUGGUGGAAAAAGGGAUUCACAUCCUGGAUGUUGGAACUUUGUGAUGCAGUCAUGACAGUAUGGACCAAAAUCUCUGAGGAAUGUUUCCAGCACCUUGUUGAAUCUAUACUAUGAAGAACUGAGGUAGUUCUGAGGGUACAUGGGGUCUACCCCUGCAUUAGUAAGGUGUAUCUAAAUCUAAUGAGGUGUAAAUAUAACUUUAUGUAUGCUAAUGCUUUCGUGUUGAAUUGCAUCUUUUUCACAGUGCGCUAAAAAUUGUGGGAUGGGGGUCGUGAGCUUGAGUGUACCAGAAACAGUCUGAGAACCACCGCUCCAGAUUGAAAUAAUGGAUGUUAGCUUCUGAAGAAGCCGGCCCACCAAAUUAGACACAUUUGCUUUCUUUGAGGGUUUUAUUUUUGUGGAUGAGGUCUCGUUCCCCUUGUCCCAAUAUUUACUUGGCUUUAGAGAUGUUUGAAGAGUUCGAGUUUGAUGACGACCUUGCAGCUAAGAAAACAGGAAAGCUAUUUUUGUACUUGCUCCUACUUGCUUACACUGGACUAACAUUACAUUUGUAGCUGUUUGUUGUUGAUGUUUUGUUUUUGCAUUUGCAUUCAUUCAUGUUAAUGAUGAAUCUGUAAUCGAUCACUGCCAUUCGAUACGUACUGCUACACUGCCUCUAUAGAUGUAGUGCUGGUAGUACUUACGUUUACUCAACAGGGGGAGGUAUUCAACUCUGAAAUACCAAACAAGUUGCUGUAUUUAUGCUUUCAGGUUAUUCUUAUUUAAUCAAGUUUAUAGUUGUACUUGGUGUGUGACAUUAUUUUGAGCCUGAACAUGGCAAUAUUAUAUUUUUUGAUAUGUUGUUACAUUUAUGUAAGAGUUCUGUAGGCUUACUGUGUGUUAUAAGAUAAGACCUGCUGAUAUUUGUGUCUUUAUCUGCUGUUUAUCUCUUUAAGAAA